CCGACGGACCGCCGCUCCUGAGUCCCCUGACCAUGGGCUCGCGCAGCCGCGAACGUCGGGCUGAGGCAGUGCAGAGCACCAACGACAGCAGCGCUCUCAGCAAGAGCUCCCUGGCCGCGCGCGGGUACGUGCACGACGCCUUUGCUGCCUUGCUGGUUCCGGGGACGGCGCGCCGCACGCCGCUCAUCCACCGCGGCUACUACGUCCGCGCACGCGCCGUGCGGCACUGCGUGCGCGCCUUCGUAGAGCGGACGUGCGCGGCCCCCGGCAGCCCUCGCGCGCAGAUUCUGUCGCUGGGCGCCGGCUCAGACUCACUGUAUUUUCGCCUCAAAACUGCCGGCCGCCUGGCAGAGGCUGCUGUCUGGGAGGUGGACUUUCCGGACGUGGCCGAGCGCAAAGCGCAGAGGAUUCGAGAUACGCCGGAUCUGUGCGCGUUAACCGGGCCUUUCCAGCGCGGAGACCCCGGGUCCAAUCUGUGCUUUGAGAGCUCCGACUACCGCAUCCUGGGCCUGGACCUGCGGCAGCUGCAGCGGCUGGACCAGGCCCUUGCCGCCGCCGGUCUUGACGCGGCCGCCCCGACUCUACUCCUGGCUGAGGCCGUGCUCACCUACCUCGAGCCGGAUGAUGCCGCGGCCCUCAUCGCCUGGGCCGCCCAGCGGUUUUCUAAUGCCAUUUUCGUCGUCUACGAGCAGAUGAGGCCGCAGGACGCCUUUGGCGAGUUCAUGCAGCAACAUUUUCGGCACCUAAAUUCUCCCCUUCAUGGCCUUGACCGCUUUCCCGACUCGGAGGCUCAGCAGAAGCGCUUCCUUCAGGCCGGCUGGACUGCCUGUCGCGCCAUGGACCUGAAUGAAUUCUAUCGCUGCUUUCUCCCCGCAGAAGAACGCCGACGCGUGGAAAAUCUUGAAACUUUUGACGAGUUUGAGGAGUGGCAUCUGAAGUGUGCCCACUAUUUCAUUCUAGCCGCUUCUCGGGGAGACAGCCUCUCCCAGACUCUGGUGUUUCCACCUUCAGAGACGUUUCCUCGGAUAGAUCCGGCUUCCCCUUCAGGAGUCUUACCUGCCAGUGUAGUCACUGGGGAAACCCAGGGCCCGGGCCUUAAGAGAUAUGGCCACGCCUCUGUCCUUUUGAGCCCAGGCGUUAUUUUCAGUGCAGGAGGAUUUGGAGAGCAGGAGGGGCGACAUUGCCGAGUGAGCAAGUUUCAUAUGCUCUUAAGAGACAGUGACUUUGAAUGGAAAGGCAACCAGAUAGGCAGUUGGGGAACUGGAGCUCAGUGGGAUGGACGCCUUUAUCACACCAUGACGAGACUUUCAGACACUCAGGCUCUGGUUCUAGGAGGGAGACUGUCCCCAGUAACUCCAGCCUUGGGGAUACUCCAACUUUCUUAUGAGAAAGAGGAUAAUUGCAGUGAGGACCCAAAUGUAACAGUCACGAAGUUUGGUCCAGAAGAUUCCACCUUGUCACGUUGGCGCCAUUCAACAACAGAAGUGUCCUGUGAAAAUCAGAAAUAUUUGUUUGUGUAUGGGGGCCGCAGUGUGGCAGAACCUGUACUAAGUGACUGGCAUUUCCUCCAUGUGGGGACAAUGACUUGGGUUAGGAUCCCAGUGGAGGGAGAAGGACCUGAAGGUCGGCAUUCCCAUAGUGCCUGCAGCUGGCAAGGGGGAGCCCUCAUUGCUGGAGGUCUGGGUGCUUCUGAGGAGCCACUGAGCUCUGUAUUCUUUCUGAAACCAAUCACUUGUGGAUUCCUCUGGGAAUCCAUAGCCAUCCAGCCUCCCAUUACCCCAAGGUACUCCCACACAGCUCAUGUAGUCAAUGGGAAGCUUUUGCUGGUUGGAGGGGUCUGGAUUCAUUCCCCCGCAGUUCCUGGAGUGACUGUUAUUGAUUUGUCUACAGGAUUGAGCUAUGAGUAUCAGAUUGACACAACAUGUGUGCCGUGGCCAUUAAUGUUACACAAUCAUACCAGCAUCCUCUUUCCUGAAGAGCAACAGCUCCUGCUCCUUGGAGGUGGUGGGAACUGCUUUUCCUUUGGCACCCACUUCAACCCCCAUCCAGUGACGUUAGACCUUUCUUCUUUAAGUGCUAGACAGUAAAGACUGGCACUUAAAGACUGGACUUCCUUUAUAUUCAGGACCCACUAAAGUGAACAAUAAAGCUUUCCAAAAUAGGA